AUGUUAGCAGCCAGUAGAUUUCUUUUACAGGCCUGUAACCUACUCUUCUUCUUCCUCUUCCUCUUCUCCUUCUUCUUCUCCUUCUUGGAGGCGGUGGCGGUGGUGGCGGCGGCGGCGGCGGCGGCGGGGGAGGCAGCAGGGGUGGCGGUGGUGCGGCGGCGCUUCUUGGAGGGGGUGGCAGGGGCAGCGGCAGGGGCAGGGGCAGCAGCAGCGGCAGCGGCAGCGGCAGCGACCUGGCGGCGGGACCUGGAGGGGGUGGCGAUGGCGGGGACGGGGACGACGGGGGCGGGCGUGGCUGUAGCAGGGUCAAUAAGGUCUGUAUGGGGAAUGUGGAGGCUGUAA